AUGGUGACCAGUGUGUACCAGCGGCCAGUGUGUACCAGUGACCAGUGUGUACCAGCGACCAGUGUGCACCAGCGACCAGUGUGCACCAGCGACCAGUGUGUACCAGCGACCAGUGUGUACCAGCGGCCAGUGUGUACCAGUGACCAGUGUGUACCAGCGGCCAGUGUGCACCAGCGGCCAGUGUGCACCAGUUACCAGUGUGUACCAGCGACCAGUGUGCACCAGCGACCAGUGUGCACCAGUUACCAGUGUGUACCAGCGACCAGUGUGCACCAGCGACCAGUGUGCACCAGUGACCAGUGUGUACCAGCGACCAUUGUGCACCAGCGACCAGUGUGUACCAGCGACCAGUGUGCACCAGUUACCAGUGUGUACCAGCGACCAGUGUGCACCAGCGACCAGUGUGCACCAGCGACCAGUGUGUACCAGCGACCAGUGUGCACCAGUGACCAGUGUGUACCAGCGACCAUUGUGCACCAGCGACCAGUGUGCACCAGUUACCAGUGUGUACCAGCGACCAGUGUGCACCAGCGACCAGUGUGCACCAGUUACCAGUGUGUACCAGCGACCAGUGUGCACCAGCGACCAGUGUGCACCAGCGACCAGUGUGUACCUAUAACGUAUCGGAAAAGUAAUAGAAUAAAUGAGAAAGGGUGA